AUGGAAUUGAAUCCGCUGUACGUGAUAGCGUUUGUGUCGGUACUGCUGGCGCUGUACCUUUACCUUACAAAGAACAACGGAUUUUUCAAGAACCACCCGAUACCAUGUCUUCCGGUGGAGCCCCUGUUUGGCAGCACGCGUCGGUUGAUUCUGAAACGGACGUCAUUUCAAGAUUUUGUUCGCGCAAGCUACGACCGCUUUCCGCACGCGAAGAUUUUCGGCAUGUUUGAAAUGCUAACACCCAUGUUCGUACCGCGCGAUGCCGAACUCAUCAAGCGAAUCUUGGUAAAGGACUUUGACCACUUCGUGAACCAUCGGUCAAUGUUCCCGUCGAACGAUGAUCCAGAUUCGACCAUGCUGCUUCCGAAGACUCUCUUCGUGAUGAAGGAUCAGCGGUGGCGCAAUAUGCGCACAACGCUAAGUCCCACGUUCACUGGGAGUAAAAUGCGCCAGAUGUUCGAGCUGAUCGUGGAGUGUAGCGAGCGCAUGGUGCAACACUAUCGCCGGGAGGCGGAGACUACUGGGCCGCAGGAGUACGAGCUAAAGGAUGUGUUCAUCCGCUUCACCAACGACGCCAUCGCUUCAUGUGCGUUCGGUGUGCAAGUUGACUCGUUUGAAGAUGAGAAAAAUGUGUUCUUCCAGUACGGCAAGGAGCUCACCAACUUUGCCCGACCGCACGUGUUCCUGAAGAUGAUGGGCUACCAAGUGUUUCCGGCACUGAUGGCCCGUAUGCAGAUAGAUCUCUUCGAUCGUAAGCACAGCCAGUUCUUUACGGAACUGUUUCACCAGUCCGUGGAAACUCGGGAGAAGCAUGGUAUCUUGCGGCCCGAUAUGGUCCACCUGCUGAUGCAAGCCAGGAAGGGCACGCUACAGCGGCACACGGAAAAGGAAGCGAAUGAAAGCUUUGCAACCGCAUACGAAUCUGAAUGUGUGCAGAAUACGGAGGUUCCCUCGGAAACACUCGACGAGACGGCAAUGGUUGCGCAAUGUAUUAUCUUCUUUGUGGCCGGGUUCGACGCGGUUGCAAACGCCAUGACGUUUGUCGCCUACGAGCUGGCCAUUGCACCGACAAUUCAGCAAACCCUGUACGACGAGAUUCUUGCGACGCACGACGCGCUCGAUGGGAAGUCGGUCACCUACGACGCACUCCAGAAAAUGCACUACCUGGAUAUGGUUGUUUCGGAGACGCUGCGUAAGUGGCCUCCAAAUCCUGCCAGCGAUCGAAUGUGCACCAAAGAAUACAAGAUAGUCGGUGAAGACGGAGAGCCAGACGUUACCAUUCCGCAGGGUGCUACCGUGUCUAUACCCAUUGCGGGACUCCACUACGACCCCCGCUACUAUCCGGAGCCAGAACGUUUCGAUCCGGAGCGGUUCAACGAGGAGAACAAACACAAGAUCCCGCAAGGAGCGUACCUUCCGUUCGGACUUGGCCCAAGGAACUGUAUCGCUUCCCGGUUCGCCCUGAUGGAGGUGAAAGCCAUCAUAUACCAUCUGCUGCUGAACUUCAAGUUUGAGCCCACGAACCGGACACCGAUUCCGAUGCGGCUGGCCAAAGGAUUCUCGACGCUGAGAGCGGAAAAGGGAAUGCACAUGAAGUUGAUACCACGAAAGUAGAAUACGGAUAAAAAUCUACGUUCUUUGAUUUAAGUGAACCAUAAUAAAUAUUCUCUUGGUCAACGCAUGACUGUUGUCUCAUUAAACGCACU